AUGACACUUUGGCUAUGACUUCGAUUAAUAAUUUUUAAACUCUUCUGUAAUGAAAUUCUGUAUUUUAAAUUUGAUCCUUACAUAAAAUAUGUACAAUCUCUCUAUCUGAAUCCAUGGAUAUAAAACAGCAAGAUGCCUUGCAAGCCUCUUUCCUGCAUGUAUGGAAGUUUUGUGAUACCUCAGAGGGUAGUUUUAGCCAUAAUACUCCAUCUUGCCAUGCACAACGCCUAUAACUUGAGGGUGGUCAUCAACAUAGCGCUCACAGAAAUGGUGAAACCGAUCAUCGAAAAUUCUACUCAAGUUACUCAGGACUGUCCUGGUAUGAUACAAGAGGAAGGUCUGGAUAUAAAGGAGGGACAGUAUAAUUGGGACUCCAAAGACCAAGCUAUGAUAAAGUACAUUUUCUUCAUUGGCUACUUCGUAGGGCAUUUUCCUGGAGGAUGGCUAGCAGACAGGAUUGGUGCCAGGCAUGUAAUGGGUACCGGUAUUCUUUUAUCGGCAUUAUUGACAUUGGUACUGCCUACCAUCAUUACUAAAGGUGGCGAAUACUGGGGCUUCAUUUACUGCGUGGUUAUACGCUUUUUCAUGGGAUUAUUCCAGGGUACUAUAAUGCCGAACAUAUCGACGUUUUUAAGUUCCUGGGCACCCAAAUCGGAAAUGGCCAUGUUGGGCGGCGUGGCUUACAGCGGAAUGAACCUGGGUAAUAUAGUGGGCAUGUUAUUCACCGGCGUAAUAAUUUACCAUACGAAUAGUUGGUCCAGUCCGUUUUACGUGUGGGGCAUACUGACCAUAUUGUGGUACGUUUUGUUUUUGCUCACGGCCUUCUCGUAUCCAAGCACGCAUCCGUUUAUUACCGACAAGGAGAAAGAAUAUUUGCAGAAGAAUAUUCCAAAAAAGGGAGGUAGUUUUAAAGUACCUUGGUUGGAUAUACUAAGAUCAUGCCCGGUGUUGGCAUUCAUGGCUGCCCAGUUUGGCCAUGACUACGUCCUUUACGCCAUGAACACCGAUAUGCCAAAAUUCGUCAAGGAUUACUUGAAAAUGAACAUAAGAAGUAAUGGUAUAGCCAGCGCUAUGCCUUUCGUGUUCUGCUGGAUAUCGGCUAUCGGUUGUGGAUUCUUCGUGGAUAGUAUAACCAACAGGGAACUGAUGAGUUUGCUGGCAAUGAGGAAAAUGAUGACUAUUAUUGCUAUCAUUGUACCGGCAUUCUGCAACGUCCUGUCAACGUAUGUGGGGUGUUCCCGUAUUGGAGUGAUCAUACUCUGCACCGUAGGGAUGUUCUUCAAGGGUCCUUUCUGGUCAGCUUCCAAGGUGAACGUUAAUGACCUCACCAGACAUUACGGUGGCAUCUUGAUGGCCAUCAUCAAUGGGAUGGGUGUCUGGGCUGGAUUCAUCGGCUCUUGGAUCACCGGAUACUUUACCACAGAUGGAACGUUACAGCAAUGGAGGUUCGUGUUUUGGAUUAUGAUGCUGAUUGCUUUGUGCACGUCAUGCAUUUACUUGUUUUUCGCGCAAGCAGAAAGGCAAGAUUGGGAUUAUUGGGAAGGUGAAACGCGUGAAGAGGACUAAAAUAUCUAGUAUGACAAUAUAUUGUCAAUAAAUAAGAUAAAGAAAUAUACUAUUUAUUUUC